UCCCUCUCCCUUCCCAGCCACCAUCGUUCUUGCUUGAAUUUGUGCGAAUCUUGCAGAUACCCACGAGCUCAAUCCGCCAUGUGAUGCUGCGCGGACGAAGCACCCGCCGCCCACGUAAUCUGGGCUUUCGUCUUCUUCGCUGGGUCUCUCUCGUGUCGCGCUCCGGUUCGCCCCUCGCGCACGAUCGGGAUAUUCUCCUCUGCCUCUGCCCCGCUCCGCCUCUCUGAUUCGACCCCAGAUUUCGAGGUCGUUUGUUCAAGCUCGCAAACCCUAGUCUCGCCGAUCUCGCCGCCGGAGGGAAGGUCGACGAGAUGUUUCUCGUGAAGCAAUAUCGCUGCAUACACUCGUCGAGUUGUCGGUGCACGAAAGGACAUCUAAGCGAGGAUGUGAUUUUCUUAGUAUUCCAACAGAUGAAUUGGAAUCCUAAAGCAAUUGCCACCCUGUCUCUUGUGUGCAAGUGGUUUGAUGAUCUUGCUAAACGAGUCUUAUGGAAGGAAUUUUGUCGUACGAGAGCUCCUAAAAUGAUGCUCGAUUUGCAAUCUAGUGGUAGCCACAGUAUUGAUGGGAACUGGAGAGCAUUGGCAAAGCUGCUAAUCUACUGUUCAGGGUGCAGUAAGGAUGGCCUCUUUAAUAAUGUCCAAGUGCCUGGUCACUUUGUUUACCGUACCCGGUUUUCUAGGACAUCGGGGAAAAGCUUUCUCAUGCCACAAUGCAAAAACGAUGUUCUCUAUGUGUCUGAUCCUUGCGAACAUCUAGACCAAGGGGAUGAGGGGGAUGUGGGAUUUUUUCGUGGGGUUUUCAAGUCGUUCUCUAUGUCAAUGGCUAAGAGAAUGCUGAUUCAGAGGGGAGCCCAGCUUCACCCUACGGAGUUGUGUCCUUAUUGCAAAGCUAAGCUAUGGAGCAUGCGGGAAGCAAAAAUGAUACCUCAGAGUGCCAGCUGUAGGCUUGGUGCUUAUUCAGACUCAACUGACUUCUAUGUGUGCCUCAAUGGACAUAUGCUUGGAAAUUGCAUCCUCUUGCCUCUGUCAGAUUCGGAGGAGGCCUUUGAGUUGGAAUAGUUUUAACAUCUAAAUCCAGGAAACAGGCCUGAAGUCACUCAUUUUGGAAGCAUCAGGAGUCUUAAGGACUGAAGCAAUGACAGUGGUAUUAAUGGUAGCAAGCAGUUUGCUACGCCUGAGGAAGUCUUGGAUAGUAUUCACAAAUUCUUCACCAUCAAUAGACCAAGCCACCUUAAAGAAGUGAGCUGUAUAUCCAUCACGCCAAGCGUCUUUUCUGCAGUCAUACCCCUUAAGUUAGUCUUUUUCUCAUCUCUAGUUAUUGGAGAAACCAUAUGAUCACAAGAAGCUUCAUCAAGUUGAAAACUAAAAAUAGAUUGCAGAUGAGAAAUAGACCUUCCAGUAGAUACAGAGUCCUUUUUACCAAGUAAAUCCUGAUAGAAAGAUACUGCUUCAUGGACAAUUCCAUCAUGUGAGGUAACCGCAUGAAAGUAGUGAGUCCAUGUAAAGUAUCCUUUGAAGUACUAGGCUUGAUAACUUUGUGGAGAAAAAAGUGUUGUGGUCACCAAGCUUAAGUCAAGUAUCUCUUCGCUUUUGUUUCAAAACAACUCCUCUGCUUGUUUUAACUGAUUCAAUUCUGUUUUAAUCUUCUUUUUUGACUCAAGAGUAUGAGAAUCAGGAGAAUGAGCUGAAUUAGAUAUAGCUGCAAAGACAACUGUUGGUCUUCCAAAGUCUGCACUUUCUAGGAAAUGCAAUGAAAUGCUUGUAGUUGAAUUCCUUAAGCACGUACUUUUAAUCUUAUGUGCUUGGAGAAAAAUUGCAAAGUAGGAUGUCCAUUACAAGGUUGAGCAAUUGAAACAUAGCAUAUCCAAUGGGUUGAUUCCAAGAUUACUUCAGCAGCAAGAAAAUCCGGACUAUUGGUCAAGAAAUCGGAAGUAUCUAAAAGGCUUCGUACACGAGAGACCAUUUCAGGCAUAAGUGGGAUGCAACAUGAACUAUGAUGCAGGAAAUAAGAAAAACCAAUCACCAGAAAUAAGAGCCACGUCAAAUUUCCUCUUGACAUGUCCAUCGUUCUUAUUGUUCAUCUUAGUAAAGAAGUUUCCAAAUAAAUAGUGACCAAACAAACCAAAAGUUUCUUCACCAUUGCUGGAAUCUUCAUGGAUCACAUUGCAACCUUUGGCCACUAACCAAGGUUUCUUGGGCAAUGACCGAUACCGCAAAAUUAUUCAAAGCACAUGUGACUCGUGGUUAUGCACCGUUUGCUAUCUAUGUGAAAAAAGAGAAGUGACAAGCUUCAUGUUGACCUCCACAAACGAGAAACCAGUUUCUGUUCCUCCCUCCAUUUUAUGGGGCUUGGAAAGCCCCUACUAUCGCAUUCAUAAAUUUUUGUCAUGAAAAAGGUGUGGAGGUGGAUGGACUUAACACUUUGGGAGUGCCAUUCUUACCAAUUAUUUCUGUCUUCCUUGAUCUUGUCUGCAUUCACAACACAACCUUAAGCAUUUCAUCAGCAUCAAUAGAAUUCACAGCAGGAAGAGCAUCCUGCUUAUCAACCUUUUUCAUAACAGAAUGGACAGAGUUUUAUCACUAGAGUUAUGCACAGUGAAAGCAUUAUCUAAGAGAAUUGCAUCGUCAUUUACCAUUGCCAUACUCAUCCAUUGAGAAUUACAACCAACAGUAUUAUCUUGCUUUUUUGGUAAGCUACUGUUCUUCCUAGGAUCUGAGGAUGAAGAAGAACCCUAUAUCUUUCACGGAGGCACUACCUGGGAUGGUUUAACAUAUAGAGACUUGCAAGUCAUUUUAGGAACCCAAAUGUCCUUCCCCUUAUUCUUCUCCUGGCUUGAAAAUUAGGAUUGCGCCCAUAGAAAUUUUCCGUAGAUAUUCCAGAGAGAUAUCCAAAGUGUCGCCGUUCUCUAACAUGAAACGAUCCGAUCUACUAAAUCAGAUUUGGGAUCAACUUCAACACUAGCGAGUUAUAUGUGAGAACCCUUCUCAGUUUCCUUAUCUAUAAACUAAGGACACCUAUAGCACUUGAUCCGUGGCCAUAACCAUUUUUGCUAUCUGAAUACGUCAUCAAUAUCAUGUUUUAGCAUCUUUUUGUUGGUUCUAUUUUCUAAUAACGAACAGUUGUUACUCUGUUGGAAAGCGUUUUGUUAAUAUUUCUUGCUGUU